GUCGGCUGACUGAUCUCUUUGAAAAAAAAAAAAAAUCUAUCAAUCCUUGGGUGGAGUUUUUUUUUCCCCUACCAUCCUCCACAAGGCAACUAUUUGGCCGGGACACAUACGUGAACCUCCUCAAAUUGGCGCACUAAUCCUAAAAGGAGCCAUGAAGUGUUAAACGGUAGAAACAGAGAGAGCGGCGCUCAGACACCCGCACGCUGGGAGAGAGGGAGGAAACAGCGCUGCUCCAAUGCGUCUGUGCAACACAGACUGAAGAGAGAGAGAGAGAGAAAAAACUUAUCGACUCACAAAACCAGAACCUGCGCAGCGCAAUUAAUGCGAGAGAACUCACUUUUCCUUCUGUUUUGAAGAAAAUAAAUAAAGAAAUCAAGCUGGCUCAGUGCGUGUCUCAGCAGCCUACUUUGACAGGUGCUCCUCACCCCCUUUGGAGGACUGUCAACAGCAAGAGGAUGGCAUCAGAGCUGGCAAUGAGCAACUCCGACCUGCCCACCAGUCCCCUGGCCAUGGAAUAUGUUAAUGACUUCGAUCUGAUGAAGUUUGAAGUGAAAAAGGAGCCGGUGGAGCCCGAUCGCACCAUCAACCAGUGCAGCCGCCUGGUCGCCGGGGGAUCCCUAUCUUCCACCCCGAUGAGCACGCCUUGCAGCUCGGUUCCCCCUUCUCCAAGCUUCUCGGCGCCCAGUCCGGGAUCAGGGAGCGAACAGAAGACGCACUUGGAGGAUUUCUACUGGAUGACCGGGUACCAGCAGCAGCUGAACCCCGAGGCUCUGGGCUUUAGCCCAGAGGACGCCGUAGAGGCGCUGAUCAGCAGCAGUCACCAGCUCCAAACCUUCGACGGCUAUGCCAGAGGGCAGCAGUUCGGCGGAGCAGCCGGGGCAGGAGGCGCCAUGGCCGGGGAGGAGAUGGGAUCAGCGGCCGCCGUGGUAUCCGCGGUCAUCGCCGCUGCGGCAGCCCAGAACGGGGCUCCCCACCACCACCACCAUCACCACCACCACCACCACGCAGGGGCACACCAUCCCUCCUCCGGGUCCCAGUCCGGCGGUGGCGCGGGGGGCAACCACCAGCACAUGCGCCUGGAGGAGCGCUUCUCGGACGAGCAGCUGGUCACCAUGUCGGUGCGGGAACUGAACCGGCAGCUCCGGGGAGUCAGCAAGGAAGAGGUGAUCCGUCUGAAACAGAAGAGGAGGACGCUAAAGAACAGAGGCUACGCGCAGUCCUGUCGGUACAAGCGCGUCCAGCAGCGGCACGUCCUGGAGGGGGAGAAGACGCAGCUCAUGCAGCAGGUGGACCACCUCAAGCAGGAGAUCUCCCGGCUGGCCAGGGAGAGGGACGCCUACAAGGAGAAAUACGAGAAGCUGAUCAGCACCGGCUUCAGAGAAAACGGAGGCUCCAGCAGCGACAACAACCCUUCAUCUCCGGAGUUUUUCAUGACGUCAAGAAAAUUCCUCCAUCUGUGAUAGAGAGCUGUCUUUUCUUGGUCCCCCCAGCCUGGAGACUGCGAUAAUAUGACACUGGAUUGCUGUUUCUUCAACAACGUACGGCACCCGGACUGCCAUGAAGCACAAUGUCUCAAA